UGCACCUUGCUAUUCAUUGGCCAGCCUCGGAAACUGACCUGUUUUCUUCGACACACUGCUUUUGCUGUCAUCUUCUCCAUGGCUUUAUCAUGCAUAUUAGCCAAGACUGUCGUAGUGAUUCUGGCAUUCUUGGCCACCAUCCCAGGGUCCAAGAUGAGGAAGUGGGUGGGGAAAAGGCUGAGCAGCUUCAUCGUUUCUUCAUGCUCCGUGAUUCAAGCAACGAUUUGCAUCGUGUGGUUGGCAACGUCUCCACCUUUCCCGGAUGUCGAUAUGCACUCAAUGAUUGAAGGAAUUGUACUAGAAUGCAAUGAAGGAUCAGCCAUCAUGCUCUACUGUGUCUUGGGCUUUAUGGGUCUGCUAGCCAUUAUCAGUUUCACGAUGGCUUUUCUUGCCAGGAAGCUACCCAGCAGUUUUAAUGAAGCCAAAUUCAUCACCUUCAGCAUGUUGGUCUUCUGCUGCGUUUGGCUGUCCUUUGUUCCAACAUACUUGAGCACCAAGGGAAAAUACACAGUAGCUGUGGAGGUAUUUUCCAUUUUAGCCUCCAGUGGAGGUUUGCUGGGCUGUAUUUUCUUUCCCAAAUGUUUUAUCAUCUUGGUGCGCCCAGAAUUGAAUAAGCAUGGGCAGCUUAUAAUAAAGGACAAAAAGAGAUUUAUUUAG